AUCUAAUAAAGUUUAGGUUUUUCCUUAAACCCAUUUCCUAAAUUUCACGAAAUUAGAAGCUUUAAGUUCCGUUCCUCUCUGUUCUCAACUUCUCGCCGAAGAUUACAAACAGGAUCUCUCAUAAAUGGCCGCUAGGUUUCUUAGUUUGAGACGAGCUUUGUCUGUCUACCUCACUAACCAACAACCUCGUGUUCCUCUGUUUCAAGCAGGCAAGCUUGCGCAAUCAAAGUCACUCUUGAGCAGAGAUUAUGCUUAUGGGGGAUUACUACAGAGGCACUUUAGUGAAACUGCAGCAACCAAUGGCUGCUGCAACUCUUCAAACUCUGCUGCUGAACUUUCCAAAGCUCCCUAUACCUCCCCUGCAACGGCCUCUGAGGAACUGAUUGUGAAGUACAAGUCCCAGUUGAAAAUAAACCCGAGGCAUGACUUCAUGAUGGUCUUUACUUGCAAGGUCUGUGAGACACGAUCAAUGAAGAUGGCGAGCAGAGAGUCAUACGAGAAGGGAGUUGUGGUUGUACGGUGUGAAGGGUGUGAUAAUCUACAUUUGAUUGCAGACCGUCGUGGUUGGUUUGGAGAGCCGGGGAGCGUGGAGGAGUUUCUUGCUGCUCAAGGGGAAGAGUUCAAGAAAGGAUCCAUGGAUUCUCUUAGCCUUACUGUUGAAGACUUGGCUGGAGAGAAGAUGUCCAGUGAAUAGAGCAACAAGCUCUUUGUUGCUUUAGCUAUUAUAACCACUAUUAGGACAUGAACCCUGCAGAGAAAAUAAAAUAUUUUCUAUAUUUUUAUUUUCAUUUUCGAGACACAUUAAGAUACAGAAUAUUUGGCUCUUAGUUUUCAAAACAGAAAUAAAUUAGUUUGUGAAGAUCUAGUAAUAAUUUCUAAAGUAGUUUAUCACCA